CGCCCCCUUUCAGUCACUCACCAACAUGGCGGCGCACAGAAAUUCGACGCAAAGCUGGAGAAAUAUUUACGUCUUUUGUUUGCUUAUUUUCCUCCAGCUGUGGUUUAACGUCUGCCUUUCAGGUCCAGUUCCAGUUAGCAAAAACCCAGAUUUGAGGACUUCUCGGGGAUCAGACCCACCACCGAGUUUGAAAGACUCGGCUGUGACAGCAGCUCAGACAACCGCGACCACAGAUGCAGAGAAGCCGAGUACACCAGGACCAGAGCUCACGCCAACAACCGCUGCCGUCCCUGAACUGACAUCUGCCGAGGCCAAAGAUGCCAACAAGACGACCCGUCAAGUAGAACCCACUGCGCAUCUUUCAGCACAGACCAAGAAAGACGCUAAUGGCGUGCUCCCCCCAACUGCAGACAAAAAGACCACGAAAGAGAACGCGGCGAGGACGACUUCUCCUGCUCCCACCGCCAGCACCAAGGUGACCCAGCCAACGGGUGAGCCUGACGCCCAGCGCACCUCCACAGCAGAAAGCCUCGAUCCACAGCUGGGUACGGAGAAGCGAACAGAAAUCGGCCCAGAAACUUCACCCUCCAAACCUGACGACGAAUACGAAUAUGACGAAGACUUGAUCCUUUCUUCCGAUGUAGGGAGAAAGGAUAAUAAAGGGCAAAUCGACACCAAGCAGCAGGUUAAUCUGGUGGACGAAGAGGACAGCUUCAGCUCAGAGGAACAGGACUCCCACUUCUUCCUCCACCUGGUCAUCCUGGCCUUCCUGGUGGCCGUCGUCUACAUCACCUAUCACAACAAGAGGAAGAUCUUCCUGCUGGUUCAGAGCCGCCGCUGGAAGGAGGGUUUAUGUUCCCGUAACAACGUGGAAUAUCGGCGCCUGGACCAGAACGUCAACGAAGCCAUGCCGUCUCUCAAGAUGACCAAAGAUUAUAUUUUUUGAUUGCGGCUCCUAUAAACAGAAAUCCAGCUGCUUAUCUGAUCACUCGCAUAAACUGGAGAAGCUUUGCUUUUUUUUCCCAAAAAUCAUGUUUUACUUUGCUACAGCGGAAAUAAUUUAAUAUUUGUUGGAGUAGAAUU